AUGUUCCAGGGACGUCAAGGGAAAAGCUACCUGGUGCUGCGGGAGCUGGGACGGGGCUCCCACGCCAAGGUGACGUUGGCGGUGCACGUGCUCACGGGCACGAAGGACUUCCUGAGCAGGCAUGGGCGCCUGGACGAGAGCGAGGCCCGCCCGCUCUUUAAGCAGAUCCUCGCAGCCCUCAGCUACUGCCAUGCCAAAGGCAUCGCGCACCUGGAUCUGGGCUCCAAGAAGCAGCCGGUCUCCAAGGCGGUUAAUUUUGACAAGCUGCGGGAGAUCACCCAGUUCCACCCCGCUGCAACCCCACCCCGACGACGGCCCGACGGGCUGCGCAAGGGGUUGUGGGAAAUGUGGUCUCCAGCCCCUGUGGUUCCCGCGGAGGUUUCUGGGCGGGGCUUCCGCGAUCUGCGCAGGCGCGGCCCCGCCCCCGUCCGUUCGAACGUUCUGGCGCCUCCGCGAGCGCUGGGGCGCCCCGAGGCAGCGUGUGGCGGGCUCUGGACAGGAGACUCCAGGACCCCGUGCAGCUGCCUCCGUCCUAUGUGCUGGACCCCAUCGCCUCUCCCAGUGCCGCUCCAGAGCCCUCAUGCCUCUGUGAGAGCAGCGACAAUGGAUCAAUCUCUGGCUGCCGGCCCUGAGAUGAGAAAUGUUCCCUCAGAAGCGAUGGUGUCAUUUGAAGAUGUGGCUGUGAACUUCACAUGGCAGGAGUGGCGGUACCUGAGUGAAGCUCAGAGGACCCUGUACUGGGAUGUGAUGCUGGAGACCUGCAAUCACCUGGUGUCCCUAGGGCACUGUGUUACCGAUCCUAAGGAGAGCAUCAGAUCGGAGCAGGGAUUACAGCCGUGGACUGUGGACGUUCCCCCAAACCAGGACCUCUCAGAUGUCCAUACUGUGGAUCACCUGACUCAGGACAGCCCUGCAAAUCAGGGCAGACAUGUGUGGCAAGUUCUUACCACCAGCAGCAAAAUACCAUCCAACGAGAGAACUGACUUAAUGGAAAAAAGCAAUUUGCACUCAAUUCAUUGUUUGAACCAUAGUAUCAAAAAUGAAAACAAUUCAGCAAUGAUGCCUGAGAACUUUACUAUACAUAGGACCAUGAUGAUCCCUGGUGAGCCUCAUGAAGGGCAUGCUGGAGAGAAUGAGGAGGUCUUUUGUAGAAUGAGGGAACCCAUCAAGUAUCCUGAGCACCUUAGUCACCAGGUGAUUCAGAACUUUCAACAGCCUUUUGAAUUUCCUGAACAAGGAAAAGUCGUGAGUGAAGAAACAGUAUUUACACCUAGAGGAGCCCUUCUGGAAGGGAUUGUCCGUAAAUGCAAUGAGUGCAGGGGCACCCGUGAUGAGGUACCUUUCAUUGUCCGAGACAGAACCCAAGGAGGACAGACUUGCUGCAGUUGUAAUGAAAAGGGGAGAGCUGCGGAGAUGACUCCAGUGCAUUUGAGUUCUCCUAGGUAUGUUGGACAUGAGCAGCAGGAAUGUUAUGAAAGUGGGGCCAGUCUCAGCAACACAUUUCACACCUAUCCGCGUGAGAGUACCCAGUUAGGAAAGAAUAAUUUGGGAUAUAAGAGAUAUGCUGAGCAUCAGAGAAUCCACAGUGGAGAGAAGCCUUAUGAAUGUCAAGAGUGUAGUAAGACUUUCCAAUGGAAAUCAUCCCUCAGUCAACAUCAGAGAAGUCACACUGGAGAGAAGUCUUAUGAAUGUCAAGAGUGUAGGAAGACUUUCCUCUGGAAAUCAUCUCUCUGUCACCAUCGGCGAAGUCACACUGGAGAGAAACCCUAUUAUUGUGAAGAGUGUGGGAAAGCUUUUUCUAGGAAGUCAUCCCUCAGUGUCCAUCAGAGAAGUCACACUGGAGAGAAACCCUAUGAAUGCGAAGGGUGUGGGAAAGCUUUUUUCAGUAAGUUUUACCUCAGUGAGCAUCAGAGAAUUCACACUGGAGAGAAGCCUUAUGAAUGUCAAGAGUGUAGGAAGACUUUCCAGUGGAAAUCAUCCCUCACUAAACAUCAGAGAAUUCACACUGGAGAGAAAUCUUAUGAAUGUCAAGAAUGUGGGAAGGCUUUCCGCCAGAAAUCAUCCCUCAGUAAACAUCAGAGAAGUCACAGUGGAGAGAAGCCUUAUGAGUGUCAAGAGUGUGGGAAAAUUUUUUCCAAUAAGCAAGCUCUCACUGGACAUCAGAGAUGUCACUGGACAAAAUCCCUAUGAUUGUGAAGAGUGGGAAAACUUUUCAGGAAGUCAGCCCUCACUAGGCAUGACAAACUUCACACUGGAGGGAAAUGCUGUGAAUGUGAAGAGUGUGCAGGCAGGCCUCCCCUGGUAGUGCAGGCGGUUGAACGCAGCGCUGUGAAGCUGUCCGUGGCCUUUGCGGUGGGAGUUUGAUUCCCUGGCCGGCCAGGAGCAGCCCCAUGGUGUGGCAGACCUCUCUUGUCUGGCCCGCUGCGUGUAUUUCGGUCAGUCUGCCUGUUCUGUUCCCCGCUCUGUCUCUGGUGCACCCUCUCACCCUCCCACACAUCUGGCCUGUACCCUGGUUCUUGUAUGCUUGAAUAAAUAAAAAUCUUUUAAAAAAUCUUCAAACUUAGGAGCUCAAACCACAUCAUGCAGCUGAGAGCAAUGGGAACUGACAUUCAGUUUCAAUCCUAAUUGUGUGGAGUUACCUGGUUCACUCUGUUCUCCCAAGUUCAUGCAGUGAUGAUGUCGCUGUUCCUGUGCUGUUGCUUCUAGUAUCCUCUUAAGUUCCUGGGCGAUGCUAUGCCUGUUCACAGCAGCUGUCUGUCUACAUGGCACACUGCAUGUUGCGUGGGUAAGUGAUCUCUCUGGGUGUUCUUAGUCAUCACGUUCUGUCCAGUACUCUAAGUCUCUGUGGUGCCCCCUGAUGCUGGAAUUGCUCACCACCAAAAUGUCCUCCUCUAGAAGGAAAUGUUGAACUGUGUGCUCUCGGCUAUAGGGUGAGGUCUGCAGCUGUCUUUACCUACCUUUCAUGGUGAAGGUUUUUCGGGGCCUCCCUGGUGGCCUCGGGGUUAAGUCUCAGCGCUAUUGCCUGCUCUGGCCAGGGGUUCAGCCCCAGCUAGGGAGCCGCCCCACAUAUGGGCUCAGCAGGCCUCUCAUGUGUCACCCGCUGCUCCCAUUAGCCAGGUAUUUCAUUGGUUCUGCCUGUUUGUCACCACACUCAGUAUCUUGUGAAUCCUCUCACCCCCUAACCUCUGGUCUGCACCCCAGUUCUACAAACUAAGGGAAUUUUGUUGGAAGAUUAAUUCUGCAUACAAGAUCUGGGGUGCAAGCCAGAGGUAUGAGGGGGUGAGAGGAUUCUCCACAGAGAGAGUGGGGAGCACAACAGGCGGAUCUACUGAAAUCCACUGCUGAGGGGGGCAGUGGGGACACAGGAGAGGUUUACUGUGCCCGUGGGUCACCUCCCUGGCCAGGGAUCGAACUCGUGUCUGCAGUACUGCAAACAGCUUCAUAGUGCUGAGACUUUCACCCCUCUGCCACCAGAGGCCCCUGAAUUUUUUUUUAAAGGAAAGGAUUCUUGCCUGUUAAUUUUUUUUUUAUUAAAUCGUUGUUCAUCUUUAUGCAAUAUUGGAUUGCUCCCCUUCUGUAUAAUUCUUGCAAAUGUCCUGUCUGCACCGCCCCUGUGACCUGUCACCCCAGGCUCUGGUGCUCCUCCUCCCCUCCUGGCCCCUCUUCUGCCCCAUCCCCUGCUGGCGUCUCAGCUCUGUCAUCUGCCUGCUAGUUUUGUCUUUUUCCCCUGACCCUUUCUUCGUUCCCCUGUAUUCCUCCUGGAGGUGAUGAUGUAAUCCAGGUCUUUUUCCUUCACUCUUUGUUCAGAACAUAAUCCCUUCCCAAUGGCCGUGCCCUGAAUGUGGUCUUUGUCUGAGUCAGUUCAUACCUUGGGGUGAGUGGUCGGUGUGGAAGGUGGUGGCCGAGGAAGUCCUUGAUGUCUCUCUCGCUACCACUCCCCCCUCAGGGGCCCCGGGCGCCUUCUGGUGUGUUUCUUUGGCGCUGUGGUGAUGCCCAGCAGAGAGUUUGAGCAGCAGGCCCAGAGUCUGAGGCCUCGGGUGUGCUCUUCCUCAUUUAUUGUCUUUGGUGUGAAAGUACUUCCAAGUGGAGCCCAGAGUUCCAGAAGAGCCAGAGAUUUACUCACAGGAGUAAGGACAAGAAAGCUCCCUGAGCAGAAUGGUCCCGAGGGGUGGCCGCUGGGGCCAAGAAACAGGGGCUCCCACGGCGGUGGUGGGCAGGGAGCAGGGGCUGGUCGUGGGGGUCUCUGCGGCGUGUCUCUUGCUGAAGGGCUAGGCCUGAGGGCUCUCCCGAGGCUCCGAGGCCCGCGGAGUUUGCCCCCGUUACUCGCCUGCAUGUCCACGCUGAGCCUCAGUCUGUGGGUUUGCAGUCGUGCCCUGUGUUGGCUCCGCGGCGUCCUCUCCGCAGGGCUGGGCUCUGGGCCUGUCCAUCGGGGAUUGUUUCUCUGAUCAUGGAUUUGGGACUUGGGCGCCCGCUCCUCCCUGUCCAUGCCCUCUAUGCUUCCUCCAUCAGGAACAUCUCUACGGCCAGAGCCCCCGUCCUGUGUUUCCAGGUCAGUGACUGAUGGGGUGUCUGUCCCCUGAGAGCAUCCUCCCUGAUGCAGGGGGAGGUACAUUGGUCCCUUCAUACUCCACCUAGAGUGUCGGGGCCAAGGGCCAUAUUCCUCAACGCGCCAUGGGAGGUUCUGAGGUUUUCACCCCCCGGCUGCAGGCCGCUUUCCACGAUGCUGCAGGCUCCUAGGUGUCCUUGAGCGCCCAUUAAAGAUGGCAUCGGGCCCCUCAGCCUUCAUCUCAGACUUGGUCCAAAGAGGCCUGCAGGGUUUGCUAAAACAACAUUCCUCUGCUAGUGCCACGUUCCCUGGAAGUGUCUGUUGCUGUGAUGUGACCCAUGUGGGCUGUUGCAGGAAGGGUCACUCUCUGGUCUGAAGGUGAGGGGUUCAGGGGGUCGUGUCACGUCCCCCUGCAGGUGUGUUGGGGUGUCCAGGGGUGUGGCGGGUGAGGCCUCUGCGGAUGGGUGGGCGGCCCAGGUGGGUGGUGAUGC